CUUGGCUUUUAUAUCUAUCUGCUCUCUUCUUCCCUGUUAUUCUCCUUCACUCCAUUUUUCAUCUUCUUCUGAAAAACCAAACCUUAACCUCUUUUCUCUCUGUUUCUCUCCAUCCCUUUUGAGCCUUUUCACCAACCAUGACGAUUCAGAGAAACUCUUGUGGACUGAGUGUCCUCUGUUUUCGGAACUGUUUUGUUUGAACAUCCAUCAUUUUGUUUUUCCAACAAAGAAACCUUCUAUCAUCCAGCCUUUUCCCACGGAGGGUUUUCUUGAUUUGAGAACUGUGGACCAUUUCUUAGUUAAUUACAUCUGAGUCACUGUUGUUGCUGCUUCUCAAUUUGAGAUUUGGAAAGGUUUUUGGGGUGAUCGUUGCCAAUUCACGAGGUGGAUUCAGUUUGAAUGAUCGAGUUUCUGCGGUGCAUGGUCACGGGAUCUUAGAAGGGUUUCUUCGAUUUUGAGCUUAAACUGUAGUGUCGGAUAAAACAAAGAGACGAAACAGUGUUUUUGUUUGGUGCCGAGAGAAGUCCAAUUCUUGGUUCCAGAGUUGUCGAGGGAGAAGUGUGGACUUUGGUGAUUUGUUUGUUUGUGUUACAUGCUGUUAAGAAAGUUGUCGAUAAAGAUAAGUUUUACUGUUUUGGUGUUCUGUGAGCCAACCGUGUAGGAAGGAGAAGAUAUUCAGCACAUGGCGAUACAAGGCAAAAAUGCAUUUACUAGAUCAAGGGGUGGUCCUCCAAUUGGAGAUGAAAUAUGUUUGAGUCCCGGUGUGCAUUCUGUUGCUGAUAUUUCACUACAUGAUCAGUUUUCUUGUGGAAAUGACUAUGCCUUGAAGGUAAGGAAACCGUAUACAAUCACAAAGCAGAGGGAGAGGUGGACAGAUGAAGAACACAAGAAGUUCCUUGAAGCCUUAAAGCUAUAUGGCAGGGCCUGGCGAAGGAUUGAAGAACAUGUUGGCACAAAGACUGCUGUUCAGAUUCGAAGUCAUGCUCAGAAGUUUUUUUCUAAGAUUGUUAGAGAGACUAGUGGGAACAGCACAGCCUUGGAGGAAUCAAUUGAAAUUCCACCUCCCCGACCAAAAAGGAAGCCAAUUCAUCCUUACCCUCGUAAACUGAUUGAGAUUCCAAAGAAAGAGAUUUCCAAUUCAGAACACCCUCUGAGGUCUAUUUCUCUCAAGUCAUCAGAUUUUGGUCAAGAAAACAAUUCUCCCAAGUCGGUGUUAUCUACUGUUAUUUCCGAAAACCUUGGUUCCUCCGAUUCAGACACACCCACUGGAAGUUUGUCACCAGUCUCAUCCAUUAGUGGUGUCCUCACAAACAGAUUUCCACUAGCUCAACCCAAAACAUCAUUUGAGGAAGAAGGGUCUCUACCAAGUUCAGCUCAUGACGAGCAACAUCUCGUGAAACUGAAGCUUUUUCACAAAGAAACUGUUUCUACCAAAGAUGACGCAGCUGAGGAAUCAUGUGGUCGUACUCUCAAACUUUUUGGGACCACUCUACUUGUAACAGAUACAAGCAAACCCUUUUCUCUAAUAACGGAGCCAUUCAAACCAAUACCUGCGGCUGCAACAUAUCUUAUGCAACUUCAAAACGGGUGUUCUGAUCUUGCAGAAAGUCCUGCAAGUAUUGUUCCAAGGUGGACUUUUUCACAUAACGCACUAUCUGUGCCCCUGCACAGGGAGCUAAAAGGGAAACACCUAUACUCUAAUCUUGGAGAUUUUGAACAUAAAGAGGUUCAAAAGGAAGGAUCAUGGACUGGUUCAAACACUAGUUCAGUUAAUGAUGGAGACAACACUGCACCAAGUGAAACAUCAGGUAUAUUUGAGCUAAGAGUGAGAGCUAAAACCUGUGGGAAAGGGUUUGUGCCAUACAAAAGGUGCAUGGCAGAGAGAGAAAACAAAUACUCAUCAGUUUGUGACGAGGAGAGGGAAGAGCAACGUGUCAAGCUUUCCUUAUAG